CUUGCAACGCGGCCGGUCAGUCGGAGGUUCCAUUUGGCCUCUGGGUCGCAGUCCGCAGACAUCCGGGCGGGUUGUGUAGCGACUUUGGUGGUGCAAGGCACAGUAUAUCGGGACUUUGAACUGCUGGUCAUGCCUAAUCUGUGUGCACCUGUGCUAUUGGGGCUGGACUUCCAGAGCCAUCUCGAAAGUGUGACUAUGGUAUACGACGGGCCCCUCCCACCACUCACUGUCAAGAAUCCUCAGUUUUGUGGGACUUCUUCACAUACCCCGCUACUGACCACACACACACACACACGGACACACACAUCCCAUCCAGAACCAGGCCAACAGCUGCGCUACCGACACUUGCAGCCUCUCCACUCUCAAGAUCCCUCCCCCACCGCUGUUCGCCAACCUGACCCCCGACUGUAAACCUGUGGCAACCAAAAGCAGGAGGUACAGCGCGGGGGACCGGGCCUUCAUUCAGUCGGAGGUGCAGCGGCUGCUCAGGGAGGGGAUCAUUGAGCCGAGCACAAGCCCUUGGAGGGCCCAGGUGGUUGUUGUUCGGACUGGGCAGAAAAAUAGGAUGGUGGUGGACUAUAGUCAAACCAUCAAUAGGUUUACGCAGCUUGACGCAUACCCCCUACCCCGCAUCGCGGAUAUGGUCAACCAGAUUGCUCAGUAUAAGGUGUACUCGACAAUAGAUCUGAAAUCCGCUUAUCACCAGCUCCCCAUCUGCCCAGAGGACCGCCCCUACACCGCCUUCGAGGCGGGCGGCCGGCUCUAUCACUUCCUGCGCGUCCCUUUCGGUGUCACGAAUGGUGUCUCUGUCUUCCAGAGGGAAAUGGACCGGAUGGUGGACCAGUACCAACUGCAGGCCACAUUUCCCUAUCUGGAUAACAUCACCAUCUGUGGUCAUGACAGGCCAGAUCACGACGCCAACCUCCAACGGUUUCUCCAAGUGGCCGCAGCUCUGAACCUUACUUAUAACAGGGACAAGUGUGUUUUUGGUACCACCCGCCUUGCUAUACUUGGGAAGUCUGUCACUGGGACCACCCUACCAGUUUGGCUGACGUCCCCGGGGCCAGUGCUGCUCCGGAAACAUGUGAGGAGCAAUAAAUACUCCCCGCUGGUGGAGAGGGUUCACCUUCUCCAUGCGAACCCCCAGUAUGCUUACGUGGUCUUACCUGAUGGGCGGGAGGACACGGUCUCCAUCCGCGACCUGGCACCCGCAGGUGCAGCAGACCACUACCCUGAAGGCUCUCCGGUAACUGUGAACCCUGCACCAGAGGUGACACCGUACUCACCAGGCCCUACACAGACUCCUCACGACACUUGUAUACCGGGCGUUUCGUACGCAUUUAUACCAGGCGCCUCGCACAUGCAUGAGGGAUCACCGGCGCCUAGUGGGCAAGAACACGCGCAACCCCCGUCCCCUGUGCAAUCGCCAAUGUUGCCGGCACCUAUGCGGUCACAGCCGGUGCUACGUAGAUCGCAGCGACAGAUUCGACCGCCUGAUCGGCUUGACUUGUAAGAACCUUCGCUACAUGAGGACUUUUUCAAACGAAGGGGGGGUGAAUGUGGUGAACUAUGUGCCUGUCGGGACACGCCCCUGCUGACUGCUCCUGUGGCUCCUCCCACAGGCCCCUGUAUAAAGGAGACCUGCGGCCUGAAGAUCGGCCUCAGUCUCCAGGACCUUGUAUGAUAGACACUCACUCCUGGUUCCUUCUUCCAGUCAA